AUGUCCAGCUGCAUAAAUGAAUUUCAGAUUUUUCAGUUUUUGAAAUUAAAUCCAAUGAUCCCCGAACAUUUGGAAUGGAAUAUACGUCGUCGCGAAUUGAACUGCAAGUUUCUCAAUUUUCAGAGAAGAGUUAUUGGAACUAGGAAUUUCUUGGAUCGUCUAGGUCUUAGUAAAACAUUAAGUGGUCAUGAAGGAUGUGUGAACUGCUUACAGUGGAACGCAACUGGAAGUAUAUUAGCAAGCGGUUCCGAUGAUUUGGAGAUACGUUUGUGGAAUGCUGAAGGUAAACCAUUAUGUCGUAUCAAAUCAGGUCAUAUGAGCAACAUAUUUUCGGUGCAAUUCCUACCAAGUGGAAAAGACGACAUAUUAAUAAGUGCUGCAGGUGAUAACAAUGUACGUAUGCAUUCAAUUUCGCAAUCUAGUGUGCCUUACAUAUGGUGGUCUGGAGGGCGUGUGAAGCGUUUGGCUGUUACUUGUGCUGAUCCAUUUCUGUUUUGGUCUGCUGCAGAAGAUGGCUACAUCAAGCAGUAUGAUGUCCGGACUGCAAAAACCUUAGAUUUGAUCAAGUUCGAUAACAAAGAGUGUAAAUCCUUGGCUAUCAAUGAAAAUCGUCCAGAAAUGAUAGCUGUUGCUCUUAAUGAAGCUUCAGUACCACUCUAUGAUCGACGGAAUACUUCAACACCAUUAUCUACUCUUAUUCCUGGCCACAUUCCUAUCUCUGAUCCAUCUUCACGCAAUGCAUUCAGAACACUUUCCGUGACACAUGUUGGUUUCAAUUCAUUAGGCAAUGAACUAAUUGUAAAUAUUGGUGGAGAACAAAUUUAUGUAUUUAAUGUCUUAGAUAGAGUCCAUGAACCUGAUGUACUGCAGUCUCUCAACAGUCUGUUCGAUGAUUCUAAUUCUAACUCUUGCUGCGAAGGCAGUACUUCUAGUAAUAAUGACGUUUCAUUAUUAAAUUUCAAAGAGGAGCGUGAACAAGCAAAAAUUCAUUUCAAUAAUAAAGAAUAUACAGAUGCGAUCGACACGUACAGUCGUGCUAUUCUGGAUUGUCAAAAAUUAUGUGGACACGAUCCACCUGAUGGCCAUCCUUUUUCGGCGGAUCUAUGCUUACUUUUGGCAAAUCGUGGAGCGAGUUACUUGAGAAGGUUGUGGGAUGGUGAUGCAUACGCUGCUUUAAUAGAUUUGACACGGGCUCUGAGAAUUGAACCUGCGCAUACUAAAGUUCAUUAUCGAAUAAUGAAAGCAUUGAUUGAAUUGAAGCAAUAUGAUAUGGCAAGAAAAGUCUCUACACUAUUUAAGAAGAAAUUCCCGAAUGAUCAGUCCUGUAAAAAGCUUGAUGCUCUCCUACGUGCAGAUCCUGUUGGGCAGAAAAAUUGGACUUCGAAUGGUUGUGCAGAUUAUGUUCAGCGCUUAUGUGGGCACUGUAACACCAAUACAGAUAUCAAAGAAGCUGUUUGGUUUGGUGGUAAUGAUGAAUAUAUUGCCGCAGGCAGUGAUUGUGGUUCAUUACUGAUUUGGGAAAGAAAUUCAGGCUCUUUAAUAAAAGCUUUCGAAGCAGAUAUGAACAUUUUAAACUGCGUGCAACCGCAUCCAUCAACUCUAUUGCUUGCAACUUCUGGGAUUGAAUCUGUAAUACGCUUUUGGCAGCCAUUAUCUGAGGACUCCCCUAAAGAUGCAGUAAAAACAGGACGUGAAUUACGGAGACUCACUAAAUUAUCAGCAACUAAUCAAAAACGAAUGCAUACAGGUAUAUUUGAUAUGGUUGUUGCAUCAAUUGGAUUAUCAGCAGAAAGAGAUGAUGAUGAUGAUGAACAUGUGACACCGAUUGGUUGCAAUACAAGUUAG